AUGAUGUCGACAAAUACAGAAAAUUUAGAAACAUUUUAUCUGAUUUCAUUUCGCAAUCUAAUCGAUUCCGAAUUGUACGAACAACUACAAACGAUUAUUAACUAUGUCGUCUUAUUUGAUGACGAAGAACAGUGUCUUCAAUACAUACAAUCAUUGACUAAAGAUGAUCGUAUUUUCGUAAUUAUCAAAGAUAACUCCUCGUCUCAAUUUGUUUCGCAACUUGUAACACUGCGACAAAUCGUCUUUAUUUACAUUUACACGAAGAAAUCCAGUGAACAAUUGACGAAAAAUUCGAAAAAAAUUAGAGAUGUAUUUUCUCAACGGGAUCAAUUGUUUCAACGGAUUCAAGCCGAUUACACAGAACGAUCAUUGCAGAAAUUGGACGAACCAUUUGUGUACAGCAUUUUCACUGCCAACACCAAUCAAUCUGUUAGUAUGAAUACGAAUUUCAUACAUUUUCAAAUCUUGAUUGAUUGUUUAAUUUGCAUAAAAUCGUCUCCGAAUGAUAAAAAAGACUUGAUCAGUCGCUGUAAACAACAAUACAGACAAAAAUCCAAUGAAGCAACUAUACUCGAAGAAUUUGAAAAAGACUAUAGGCCGGAACGAUGUUUGCAAUGGUACACUCGGUGUAGAUUUCUUGAUCGAAUAUUGAAGAAAGCUCUUCAAGUACAAAAUAUCGAAAUUCUCUUACUUUUUCGAUUCCUCAUUCAAGAUCUAGUCGAACAAUUCAAAUCAAACAAAUCUUUGCCGUCACAGCGUGUUUACCGAGCUCAAUUAUUAUCUAAAACUGAAUUAGAUCUCUUGCAAAAACGGACCGGUGAAUUUCUCUCAAUGAACAUCUUCCUAUUAGCUAAUACCAGUCGUGAACAAACACGAUCAUUUCUGUUAUCAUUACCAACGUAUGACCAAACAGAAAAAGUUCUCCUGGAAAUCCAUAGUAAUCCUCGAAUGCACGAUGUUAGCCAUGCACUUUGUUCGUCUAAAGAAGAAGUGUUAUUUCUAAUCGGUUCAAUAUUUCGUAUGACUUAUAUUGAGCGUGAUCAUGACGGUAUAUGGAAUAUUCAUUUGAUGUUAUGUUCAAGAAAACAACAUCAACUACAAACAGUUAUUGAACAGAAGAGAAACGAAUUGGAUAUUGAGGAAACUGAUCUCCUUUCAAUUGGAUUUCUUUUACAAGACAUGGAAAAGUUCGAUCAGGCAGAAAAAUAUUACCUACACCUGCUCGAUCAACUAUCAAAAGAUCAAGAAGAUCUUUCACGUUGCUAUCAUGCAUUAGGCGAAGUUAUGCAAAAGAAAGGCGAGUAUGAUUCAUGUCUCACAUGGUAUAACAAAGCAUUAGAAGCAUACAAAUCAGAUGAAUCAGGUACUGCUAUGAGUUACAAUAGCAUGGCGAUUGUUUAUUCCAAGAAACGUGAUUAUAAACUCGCAUUGAAAUUUUUCAAUAAAGCGUUAAAUAUUUGGAGCAGUGUACUUGGUGAAGAUCAUCCUGAUGUAGCCAUGUGUUGGAAUAAUAUUGGAAUUAUUAAUCAAGAAGAAGCAAAAUACACAGAUGCAUUAGAAUGUUAUCAUAAAGCAUGGAAUAUUCGUCAGAAGUGCCUAUCAUCAGAUCAUCCGAGUUUAGGUCAAUUACAUGCUUGUAUCGGAAAUGUGAAUUAUCAACUGCGACGGUAUGAUUUGGCGUUGGACCAUUAUAAUUCAUCAAUAGAAAUUUGGAAGAAAACUCUUGGGUCGCAUUAUUUGGACAUGGGCGUCAUUUAUCGAAAUAUUGGACUUGUUUACAGAGAUAAAGGUGAUUUUCAACAAGCAUUAGUUCAUAUGAAAAAGGCAGAAAGCAUCUAUCGUCAAGUGUGUUCACCAACACAUCAUCAGGUUCUACAGAUUGAGAAACUCGUAAACGAUAUUUCCUCAAAAACGUAA